AUGAUAUUGCUCUGAUGUUUUUACAAUUAUCUUUUUUGAAGCAGAUAGUUCACAGUGCUCAUUCUAUCGAUACUGGGAAAAAAAGAAUAAUGUUUACACUCAAUUUUCAUUACGAAGAUGUAUCACGUCAGGAUCCGUUGCUCAAACCGAAUCACGCCAACGUUAUGGAAGUUCCUGGAUCGUGUAAAAUAAGAGUAGUACCAAAGGCAGCACCUUCUGAUUUCAUAAUAAAAAAUGGAAAAUUGGCUAUGGAGAUUUCGUGCGGUCAGAAAUUAAUACAGACACAGAGGGCUUCGACAGGAAAGUCGUUUCGAUCCAAUCCAUUCUUGGGGUCAAAUAAAGACAAAAAAGGAUAUGUCAGUGACCUAGCACGGCAAAGCACUCUCCGAGGGCAUGGAAUGUCUCAUUUUUUGGUAAGAAUCUCCGCAGUAAUGUCUCUGUUAGAUUUUCCGGUCGAAAUACGGGAAAAGUCCAUUCAAUUCUUGAUGGAAAUGGAGUUUUGCGAAUUCUCCCCGGAGCUGGAAGAUCAUUUCGAGAUCUUCGAACAUAUUCGAGGGUUCAAUGUAACUAUUGUAACUUCGGCCAACACACAAGAUGAGACUUUACCACCGUGGAGCGGCUUUUUUCAAAAAGAUGAGGGGGAAAGUCAGUAAGAUGUCGGAGAAGCAAAAUAUACGAGAUCACAAACGUAGAUUGCUCGCGGCUAAGUAUGAAUUGAGACGAAAGCUUUAUAAAUUUGUAAAGAUACCGAUCGAUCUAGUGAUAUGCGGGGCAAACAUCGUUAUAAGUUGUCCAAGUUGCCAAGAAAUAGUUCCUUUGCACGAGUAAGAAA